AUUUCUUUUCUUUUCUUUUUCUUUUUGUUUUUUUUUUUCUCUCUCUUUCUUUUUCUUUCUUUUGUUUGAACUCUCCACGUCCGACCCAGAUCUUGCCGUCGAGUCACGGGAGGGUGAUCCGUGUCUGAGAACGAGCAGUGAGUGCACAAAGCAGAGCGCCGUGAGCUGGAUUUCUGUUGUCUCGUAGAUUCGUGACACUGAACAGGAUCGUUUCCUGAAGACUUUCAGCUCACAUGUUCUGGAAAUUCAUGUGCUUUGCUUCUUAAUUUCUUAUUUUAUUUUAUUUUCUUUUUCUCACGCAUCUACUUCGACCUGGUGAAGUACUUUCCCACCGCCCAAGGGGAAGGUGACCCCUGCUGUGCUCGGGUGGCGCCACUCGGCUUUUUUCUGCGUUUUGUUACUCAACCUCAACUUUCGAUCUGGGUGUCGCCAUCGGCAAAGAUCAAACACCCGCCGUCGGGGAAAGACACGAUGAGUACAUUCGGCAGCCCUGGCGGGCAGCAGAAGAUCCAGAAGCCCAUUCCGUACGCCCGCCCGCCCCAGCCGGAACGGCCAUGCGUAGUGUGCACGAGGAGAUUGCUAACGUGGGAGGGCGCGUCGCGCCGCGCGCACGCAGACCGGAGCGAGGAUCGUUCCCGCUCGACCACGACGGUGAAUGCAAGGACGUGAUGACGCUGUACCUCCGCUGUCUGCGCUCGUACCGGGGGACCAACAGCCCCGAAUGUCGACAGCAGGCGAAGGCCUACCUUCAAUGCCGGAUGGACAGGAACCUGAUGGCGCCGGACGAGAUGAAGAACCUGGGUUUUGCAGAAGAGAAGAGUUUGGCAGGCAACAUCAAUGGCCAGGACGGGGCAGAUAAGAGAUGAGAUAUACUGCAAACUUGGUGCUGUAUGGCCAGCGAGACGGCACCUUGUAUUUGGGUACGGCAUGCGGUUCUCGCCAGCCAUCAGCCAGAAUCUGAAGACUGAGCUGUACCCAAAGUCGACAGCAGCGGUACGGCCUCUUCAACGUCCUACGUCGGUCACAAGAUAGAAAUGUCAAUUUCAGGAGUUGUGAUUGUAUGAAGGAAGUAUAUUGAUUGCCAUCCUGGCUGUCAUGAUCAUAACUAAGCAUCGUCUGUCGAAGCGACGAGACUAUAUGAUCGCAUCAUCCUGUCAUGACAGCCUAAAUAUAGAGGGGUUUAAAUAUGAGUGUGCAAGUGACAAAAAAAAAAAAGAAAAGACUACAUCGAAGCAACAUGCACAUCCGAGUCCGCUAUCUUUCCAUGGGCCGUCUCUGGUCAUUCU